AUGCGUCUUGUGCCGCGGCUGCUCUUCCUCCUCCUCUUCGUGGUGGGGGUCGCUCCCUCCCCCGCGCUCACGGCCGGUUGUCCCUCCCGGUGCGUGUGCGAUGACCAGCUGGUGGUCCAGUGCGCGGGCCAGGACCUGGAGCUGUUCCCCGCGGAUCUGCCGCUCGCCACGCGCCAGCUCAUCCUCUCCAACAACCGGAUCAGCGACCUGCCCGCGCUGCAGCUCAACUACCUGUCCGACCUGGUCUACCUGGACUGUAGCAACAACUCUCUGCGCGAGAUCUCCGAGUCCACUUUCGGGAACCUCCGGAAGCUCGCCUACCUGGACCUGUCCUUUAACGCGCUGCUGCAGAUAGAGGACCGCACGUUCGGUCCGCUGGUGUCUCUGGUGAUGCUGCGGCUCACGGAUAACCCGGGGCUGACGGAGAUCCAUCCGGACGCCUUCUCAGAGAACCUGGCGCUGCAGGUGCUGGACGUGAGCAGGAACAACCUGACUGUGUUGAACAUCAGCAGUCUGAUCGCUCUGCCCGCGCUGCGCUCUUUAGGACUCAGUGGGAACCCGUGGACCUGCGACUGCGACACCGAGGACUUGUGUCUGUGGGUGCAGAUAGAGGGAUACAAGUUCCAAGAUGAAGGUCAGACGGUGUGCAGCAGUCCUCCGGAGCUGGUCGGGCAGCGCCUGGCCGAGGUGGGGAUGCAGCUGCGGGCCGACUGUCACCAGGGUCUGGGCUACUGGGACUACCUGUUCUUCAUUGCCAUCGGCUUCGUCAUAUUCUCCGCCGGCACCGUGUCGGCGUGGGUGAUGGGCGUGCUCAUGGUGCUGUAUGAACGCUACAGCAAGAGGAAGAGCGAGGAGCUGGACAGUGAGGACGAGGAGGAUAGGGGAGGGCUGGGGGGAGGAGGUGGGGGAGGGGGAGGAGGGGGAGGAAACCAGGGGAACGGAGACCUGAACAAACCCAACAUGGAGGUGUGA